UUUUGAAGAAGGGUCCCAACCCAAAGUGUGUCGCCUGUCCACUUUUCAUCACAAAUGUUGCCUGACCUACUGAGUACCUUCAGCAGUUGUUUUUUGCUCAAGAUUCCAGCGGUAUCUUGUACCCCCAAUGGUAACUUUAUCUACAUGCAUAGGAAGGAACUAUCUCGUGGUGUAAUCUCAUCUUCCAUUCCAGCACCUUGUUGCAUCGCAUUUCCAGCUGUUGAGCACAUAAAUUGUGGUAUAAUUUCAGAUAACCACUCCUCCACCUCAUCCAUGAAAUCAUUGAAUAACUUCACCUUUACUGCAUACCACAGGGUGUGUCUUUCGCGUUCUUUCAGAGAUGGCUCAGAGUCCAUCAAUGCGUUUUUUCUUUCUUGAACCUCCUGGCAGAGGUUAAGUAGUUGGCUCAGAUUAGAUUCCACUUUGAUGGCAUUCUUAUCUGAUUCCAUUAGUUUCUUCUGAUUCUCAAUUAAUUUGGUAACCCGUUUCCAUAACUUGUUUCUCUCAUUCUCGGUUUCUAUCAGGUAGGCAGCUUGGGUAUUAUCUGCAUCUUCUCGAUACUUUUGCCUGGCUCUGCCAUGUUGUGGUUACUCUGACUCACCUGUUCUUCCAUCUUCUUGCUUCAUGGAUUUAAAACAGGUCUUGGCAGAUUGCCAAGUCGUAAAAUUGGACGAACAAGAACUUUUUCAGUUUGCUUUAGUCUUGUUGAUAAACGUCAGGGCAGAAUGUUUUGAAAACACCUUCUCAAGAACAAUAACAGAUUGGAUUUUCAGGCAACAUCCACAAUAUCUUCGAAGUUGAUAAUGACGUUAGUUCAAAAGGAAUGUGUUUUAUCUUGACUUCAAAACAACUCAAGGUCAGACAUCUGGAUUUCCCCAGACAAAGUGAAAAAACAAUUUGUUGGCUAUCUUCCAAGCUAGCAGAACUAGCUUUCGAAUCACCUUACAGAAGCCGUUCACAUUAAAGCUUUCCAGCUUCAAUUCAAAAGUAUAAUAGUCGAUUUUUACUCACGAUUUCGUGAUAAUGUCUUCAAUCUUCAGAUAAUUCAUGUCACUGCCAAUAAACCUCUAAGCCAUUUCUGGCCGAUUCUAUUGUCUUCAGUUUCUCUUCUCGAACCGGUCUUCUGGCCGAAUCUCUCCUGAGAUCCUGGCCUUAUCUUCUGUCCCUCUUCUUUGGGAUGCGGCACAUCUCCUGUCAGAGGUACCCUUCGACUCGAUGUAGCGGAAGACUUUGAUAUUGUUUAAGAGAUUACUCCCUCUAUCCACUUAAGAGACAACAUGGGGUUAGAGGUAUGUCAUAUUACGCAAGUAAGCUCUCCUUGAGACUUUCAGAGCUUCUCGAAAGAUAAAUCUUCAUAACACAGUCUUUUGAUUAAUAGUUUCUUUAUUGUUGAAGAAAAACAGUAAGAUAUUCAUCCAACCUUCUCUGACUCAUACACUUUAAUCUUCGUCAAACUCCAGCAUAUCGCUUUUAAACAUAAGAAAACUCCUCCUGUUUCGGUAAAAUUCCACAUGGUCAAAGGGUAUUCCUUCUAGCCAUGUUGAGCUCUAAAACUAAACUAACUAGCAAACUAAGCUUCGGCACAAGAGAACCCAGCAGUAAACACGCCACCGACUACGUAAUAAAUCCCACCCACAUAAUUACGGGCAGACCAAAAAUUAAAUUAAUAAAAACUAAAUAAUGACACACAAAAUAAAGCCAAAUGUCCCCGACAGACAGUGAAGCUUUAGUUUAGUUUAAUUUAGUUUAGAGAUACAGAACGGAAACAGGCCCUUCGGCCCACCAAGUCCAGGCCAACUAGCGAUCCCCACACAAGUGGUUCUAGGGAACAAGUUACUUUUUCUGUGUCAUUUAGACUGAACAGACACAAAUUCUGUAAGAUGUAAACCAAAACUGUAAGCACAGAAACAAUAGGGAAGAUUACAAAAUAGAUAUUUGCUUUUUUAAAAACCUCUAGCAUGGUCAAAGAUGUGAAGGGAUUUCUUUCUUGAACAAAUACUACAGUGUAUAUGCUGUAAACGUUAUUAUAAAGUAACAUUCAGUAUUCAAUACAUUCCGUCCCUUAUCACGGCCAGUUUGUUGUUUCUGUACUUUUCAGCACCUUGUGCACCAGAGGACAUCUCCACCAGUCUGAACUGUGACACCAAGAGUACAUCAGUGGCCUGGGAGGAGAGUGAUGGGGCGAUGUGGUACAUUACAACAGCAGAAGGACAAGAUGGACACAUUUCACUGUGUAACACAACGGGAACAAGCUGUCAUUUCAUGGACCUGCACUGUAGUCAAACAUACUCACUAACUGUAACAGCGAUGGACAGUUACUGUCAGAGUGUAAACACCUCCGUUUAUGAAACUGAAACAGCCCCUUGUCCCCCUCAGAACGUACACGCUGAUAGUGUUGCCGUCACUGCCUUUGUAACAUGGGAGAUGAGUAAUCUCACAGUGUGGUACACUGCAACAGCGGAGGGCAGCGAUGGACACACGGCCACUUGUACCACGUCCGACACAAACUGUCUAAUCCCAGAUCUUCACUGCAGCCAAACGUACAUCAUCUCCGUCCUCGCAUUUGGUGAAACCUGCAGCAGUCUCCAAGGCUCAAGUUAUGAAAUUUAUACAGCACCUUGUGCCCCAGAUGAAAUUAUCACCAACGUGGAUUGUACCUCCAAUAGAGUGGUGGUAUCAUGGGGAAGAACUGAUGGGGCGAUCUCGUACGAUGUAACAGCUGAAGGAAGUGAUGGGCACACACACUCAGACAACACCACAGACUCACGCUAUGAAAUGCUGGAUUUACACUGCGGCCAAUCCUAUAACAUAACCGUAACAACUCUGAGUUACAGCCGGCACGGCAUUUCAAGUACUUCUGUACAAAUACAAACUGCACCCUGCAUUCCUGAGAAUCUCACAGCUGAGCUGAAUUGUGAAUUGAAUACAAUAUCUUUCUGGUGGGAUGAAGCUGACGGAGCAAAGUUGUACACGGUGACUGUUCGAGACAGUCAAAGAGACACAACUUCAUUCAACACAAGUGAUACAAGGGCUCAAACCCAAGAGCUGCAGUGUGGUGAAUAUUAUACAAUCUCUGUUCUAGCAACAGAUGAUAUCUGCAGGAGACCCCAGACAGCAGUGGUCAAUGUACAUGCAGUCGCUUGUGAUCCUCAUAAUGUCAAAGCACAAUUGGACUGUAACGUCAAUACAGCAUUGGUAAUGUGGGACUCUGGUAAAGGAGCACUGUGGUACACUGCCGUUGCAGAAGGUGCUGAUGGGAACAAUGUCUCAUGUAGCACAUCAGAAACAUCCUGUCGAACACCCGCGUUACUCUGUGGCCAAUUAUAUUCUGUACAUGUUGUAGCAUCGGACAGGACUUGUAACAACUCUGUGAGUUCUUCAACUGAAAUUCAGACAGCUCCCUGCAGUCCCCAGAAUGUAAGUGCUUAUUUGGACUGUACAGCACGCACAACAUCAGUGUGUUGGGAGCAGAGUGAAGGUGCAGUGUUCUACACGGCCAUUGCAGAAGGAAUGGAAGGAGACUGCUACUCGUGCAACACAACCGAAGCAAACUGUGAGAUCCUGGGCCUCCCAUGUGGCCAGUGGUACAAUGUAACUGUGUUAGCAAUGGAUGAGAAUUGCACCAGUUUACCAAGUUCAGCUGAAGAAAUUCAAACAGUACCUUGUAUCCCACAGAGUGUGGCUGCUCACGUUAACUGUGAAAAUAACACCGUAUCAGUGUUUUGGGAUCCCAGCAACGGCUCAGAGUCAUACCAUGUAACAGCACAAGGAAUCAAUGGCCAUUGGGCCUCCUGCAAUACAACAGGCACUGAAUGUGAGGUCUCUGAUGUGCACUGUGGACUGCACUACUAUAUAACUGUAGAGGCAAUCCGCAUGGAGUGUAACAGCUCACAAAGCUCUGCUUUAACAAUUAAAACAGGUAAUUUGUGUGGUAUAUGGAAUCAUAUCUAUAAUUUCUAUAUGUUAUUCGGAGUGUAUCCUCAGUCUAUACUUAUGAAUGUUCCCGUUGCAGUACCGUGUGUGCCCCAGAAUGUUGACGCUCACAUGGACUGUGAUGUUGGACAUAUGUCGGUCUCCUGGGAGUUCAGUGAAGGUGCAAUAUCAUACGUGGCUACUGCAGAAGGGAGCAACGUGCAGCAAUGCAGUGCCAAUGAUACACUGUGUGAUAUCACCGACCUGCACUGUGGAGAGACCUACACCCUCUCAGUUUAUGCGAUUGAUGACACCUGUGACAGUGUUGAAAGUCCUUCCGUCACAAGGAGAACAGUUUCGUGCCUCCCACAGAAUCUCGAUGUUCAGCUGGACUGUGACACAAACGAUGCUUCUGUGCUGUGGAGCCACACUAAAGGUGCAGUGUCUUACUCUGCCACAGCAGAAGGAAAUGAUGGGCACACAGUUUCCUGUGAGACAGUCAAUAAAGAGUGUCAGAUAAGCAACCUACACUGUGGACAAAUGUAUAACCUAACUCUGACAGCAUUGGAUGGUGUGUGUGACAACUCACAGAGCUCUCAGUUUGAAUUCAACACGGCACCUUGUGCACCAGAGGACAUCUCCACCGGUCUGAACUGUGACACCAAGAGUACAUCAGUGGCCUGGGAGGAGAGUGAUGGGGCGAUGUGGUACAUUACAACAGCAGAAGGACAAGAUGGACACAUUUCACUGUGUAACACAACCGGAACAAGCUGUGAAUUCAUGGACCUGCACUGCAGUCAAAUGUACUCACUAACUGUAACAGCGAUGGACAGUUACUGUCAGAGUGUAAACACUUCCGUUUUUGAAACUGCAACAGCCCCUUGUCCCCCUCGGAACGUACACGCUGAUAGUGUUGGUGUCACUGCCUCUGUAACAUGGGAGAUGAGUAAUCUCACAGUGUGGUACACUGCAACAGCAGAGGGCAGCGAUGGACACACGGCCACUUGUACCACGUCCGACACAAACUGUCUAAUCCCAGAUCUUCACUGCAGCCAAACGUACAGCAUCUCCGUCCUCGCAUUUGGUGAAACCUGCAGCAGUCUCCAAAGCUCCAGUCAUGAAAUUCAUACAGCACCUUGUGCCCCAGAUGAAAUUAUCACCAAUGUGGAUUGUACCUCCAAUAGAGUGGUGGUUUCAUGGGGAAGAACUGAUGGGGCGAUCAAGUACGAUGUAACAGCUGAAGGAAGUGAUGGGCACAUACACUCAGACAACACCACAGACACGCGCUAUGAAAUGCUGGAUUUACACUGCGGACAAUCCUAUAACAUAACCGUAACAACUCUGAGUUACAGCCGGCACGGCAUUUCAAGUACUUCUGCACAAAUACAAACUGCACCCUGCAUUCCUGAGAAUCUCACAGCUGAGCUGAAUUGUGUAUUGAAUACAAUAUCUUUCUGGUGGGAUGAAGCUGACGGAGCAAAGUUGUACACGGUGACUGUUCGAGACAGUCAAAGAGAAACAACUUCAUUCAACACAAGUGAUACAAGGGCUCAAACCCAAGAGCUGCAGUGUGGUGAAUAUUAUACAAUCUCUGUUCUAGCAACAGAUGAUAUCUGCAGGAGACCCCAGACAGCAGUGGUCAAUGUACAUGCAGUCGCUUGUGAUCCUCAUAAUGUCAAAGCACAACUGGACUGCAAUGUCAAUACAGCAUUGGUAAUGUGGGACUCUGGAAAAGGAGCACUGUGGUACACUGCCGUUGCGGAAGGUGCUGCUGGGAGCAACGUCUCAUGCAGCACAUCAGAAACAUCCUGUAGAACACCCGCGUUACUCUGUGGCCAGUUAUAUUCGGUGCAUGUUAUAGCUUCGGACAGGACUUGUAACCACUCUGUGAGUUCUUCAAUCGAAAUUCAGACAGCUCCCUGCAGUCCCCAGAAUGUGAGUGCACAUUUGGACUGUACAACACGCAAGAUGGUCGUGUGGUGGGAGCAGAGUGAAGGUGCCAUGUUCUACAUGGUCAUGGCAAAUGGAAUGGAAGGAGAAUGGUACUCAUGCAAUACAACAGAGGCAAGCUGUGAGAUCAUCGGCCUCCCAUGUGGCCAGAUGUGCAAUAUAAGUGUCCUUGCAAUGGACGGGAAUUGCACCAGUUUACCGAGUCCUACUUUUGAAAUUCAAACAGAGCCUUGUAUUCCACAGGAUGUGGUUGCUCAGAUCAACUGUGAAAAUAACACAAUUUUGGUGUUUUGGGAUCCCAGCAAUGGUUCAGAGUCAUACCAUGUAACAGCACAAGGAAUUAAUGGCCAUUGGGCCUCCUGCAAUACAACAGGCACUGAAUGUGAGGUCUCUGAUGUGCACUGUGGACUGAGGUACUAUAUAACAGUAGAGGCAAACCGCAUGGAGUGUAACAGCUCACAAAGCUCUGCGGUGACAAUCAAAACAGGUGAGUUCAGGAAAUAUGUACAUUGUUAAAUUCUUCACACAUUAUGCGGAAUUCUGUCUUUUAAUGUAUCUUACCGAUAUAUUGCUCAGUAUUUUUCUAGCAGGUUCAAUUGAUGAAUUUAUUCCUUGCAAUACCAUGUGGAACCAUAUUAAAUGCCUUGCUGAGGUCCAUAUAGACGGCUUUGCCCUUAUCAACCAAAGCAAGAAUUUCAUUGUCCUAUGUGGGACACAUGACAAUAAACUCUCUUGAAUCUUGGUUCCUUCUUCAAAAAUCUUAAUCAGAUUUGUAAGACACGAUCUCCCAUGUACGAAAUAUGCUGACUCGUCCCAAUCAAUGCUUGUCUACCCAAAUGCAUA